UGUUAUACAUAUGAUGAGCCUCAAAAUUGAAAGUGAUGGUAAGAACUUCCACUUUCUAAAAUCUAACACAAUGGCCAAUCAAUUCUCACCCAACACAACCAUGAUGGACCACAAUUCCUCAAUCAGUGGCUCUUAUCCUCUUUAUUCAUUACAAAAUAAAAAUAUGUGAAAAAAAUAAGUAUUUUAAGAAAUUAAAUUGUAUAAAUUAUAUUAAAAGGAAAUUAAAAUAUAUCAAUAUAUUAAAAAAAGUGAUGGGUCAAUUACAAAAUAAAAAAACAACUAAAUAAAUGUUAAAAAGAGAGAAAUGAGAAAGACAGAUAUAGCUUUAUGGGUUUUAAAUCUUGUUAAGCCUCAAAAUUGUAAGUGAUGGUAAUUGGUAAGAACUUCCACUUUCUAAAAUCUAACACAAUGAAUGACCAAUCAAUUCUCACCCAUAACAAACAACCAUGAUGUACCACAAUUCCUCAAUCAAUGGCUCUUAUCCUCUUUGUUUAUUACAACCAAUCAUUAUCCAUAACAAAGAUUUAAAUGGUCCCCUCCACUCUUUCUUCUCAUCCUCUUCUAUACACACUCAUCUUUUACACUCGCUCAAUUCUCUUCUUCAUUCCUUCAAGAAGAGUUAGAGAGAGAAAGCUUGCCAUUCUCCAAACCCUUCAACUAUGGCAGCUUCUUCCUCACUCACUCUAUCUCAUCAUCAAACUAUCUUAUCUCACCCAAAAACCCACCUCCCUAACUCAUCCACAUCCUCCAUAUUAGUCCCUACAACUUCCUCCAAGGUCAAUGGAAUACUCCUUAAGGCAACUAACUCAAGAAGAACGCGCGUGGGAUCACGUACAACUGUUGUGAAGGCUGCAGCCGUGGAAACUCUUGAAUCAAGGGAUACAGAACAAGUGGUUGAGAAGUCUAUAAAUACGAUUAGGUUCUUGGCUAUUGAUGCUGUUGAGAAGGCUAAUUCGGGUCAUCCGGGUUUGCCCAUGGGUUGUGCACCAAUGGGCCAUAUAUUGUAUGAUGAGGUGAUGAGGUAUAACCCGAAGAACCCGUAUUGGUUUAACCGUGACCGUUUUAUUCUAUCUGCUGGUCAUGGUUGUAUGCUUCAAUAUGCUCUCCUUCAUCUUGCUGGAUAUGACAGUGUCUUGGAAGAAGAUUUGAAGACUUUCCGUCAAUGGGGAAGCAAAAUUCCUGGUCACCCAGAGAAUUUUGAGACUCCUGGAGUUGAAGUUACAACUGGCCCACUCGGUCAGGGUAUUGCCAAUGCAGUUGGUUUGGCUCUUGCUGAGAAGCAUUUAGCCGCUCGAUUCAACAAACCUGAUGCUGAAAUCGUUGACCAUUACACGUAUUGUAUACUUGGUGAUGGUUGCCAAAUGGAAGGGAUAGCUCAGGAAGCUUGUUCACUUGCUGGUCAUUGGGGGCUUGGAAAAUUGAUUGCUCUAUAUGAUGAUAACCAUAUUUCUAUAGAUGGUGACACUGCCAUUGCCUUCACUGAGAGUGUUGACACGCGGUUUGAGGCCCUUGGCUGGCAUGUUAUCUGGGUCAAGAAUGGUAACACAGGGUACGAUGAAAUUCGUGCUGCUAUCAAGGAAGCUCAGGCCGUCAAAGACAAACCCACUUUGAUUAAGGUUACAACAACCAUUGGUUUUGGUUCUCCUAACAAGUCAAAUUCAUACAGUGUGCAUGGAAGUGCAUUGGGUGCUAAGGAAGUCGAGGCUACAAGGCAGAAUCUUGGUUGGCCUUACGAGCCAUUCCAUGUUCCAGAUGAAGUUAAAAAGCACUGGAGCCGCCAUACUCCUGAAGGAGCUUCCUUGGAAGCCGAGUGGAAUGCCAAGUUUGCAGAGUAUGAGAAGAAGUACCCUGCAGAAGCAGCAGAGUUGAAGUCUAUCAUUACCGGUGAACUGCCUGCUGGUUGGGAGAAGGCACUUCCUACAUACACACCUGAAACCCCAGGUGAUGCAACCAGAAACCUGUCACAACAAUGCUUAAAUGCCCUUGCAAAGGUUCUUCCAGGGCUCGUUGGUGGCAGUGCUGAUCUUGCAUCUUCAAACAUGACCUUACUGAAAAUGUUUGGAGAUUUCCAAAAGGACACGCCCGAGGAAAGAAAUGUUCGUUUUGGUGUCAGAGAACACGGAAUGGGUGCCAUUUGUAACGGUAUUGCUCUUCACAGUCCAGGGUUCAUCCCUUAUUGUGCUACCUUCUUUGUGUUCACUGACUACAUGAGAGGAGCAAUGAGAAUCUCAGCCUUGUCAGAAGCUAGAGUCAUCUAUGUUAUGACCCACGAUUCUAUUGGUCUUGGAGAAGACGGGCCUACUCAUCAGCCCAUCGAGCACUUGGCAAGUUUCCGUGCCAUGCCCAACAUCUUAAUGCUCCGUCCAGCUGAUGGAAACGAGACUGCUGGUGCAUACAAGGUUGCUGUUGAACACAGAAAGACACCAUCUAUUCUCGCUCUUUCUAGACAAAAGCUUCCAAAUUUGCCCGGAACAUCCAUUGAAGGAGUUGAGAAAGGAGGGUACACCAUAACAGACAAUUCUUCGGGCAACAAGCCUGAUGUUAUUCUGAUUGGAACUGGUUCAGAACUGGAAAUUGCUGCUAAAGCUGGAGAUGAGCUAAGAAAACAAGGAAAAGCUGUCAGAGUUGUAUCGCUUGUAUCUUGGGAGUUGUUUGAUCAACAAUCCGAUGAAUACAAGGAGAGUGUCCUUCCUUCAGAUGUUACUGCAAGAGUAAGCAUAGAGGCUGGAUCAACUUUCGGAUGGGAGAAAAUCGUUGGCGCAAAAGGGAAGGCCAUUGGUAUUGACAAGUUCGGAGCAAGUGCACCUGCAGGAAGGAUAUACAAGGAGUAUGGCAUUACUGUUGAAGCUGUUAUUGAAGCUGCAAAAUCAGUUUCUUAGGUUUUGUUCUUGAGGAUUCUUUUUGCUUCGUGUUUUGCAUUUUUUGUUGAGUAGACAAGGCUCAUAGUGAGUUAAUGGCUCAGAGCCGUCUCAUUUAUGUAAGAGGCCCUGUGCAAAUAUAAAUCAAUUAGGCCCCUAAUAAAAAAUUUUCUCAAUGGGUAAUAAAUGAAACCGUCAAAAGAAGCA